AUGUGGCCCGCACUACGUAGGGCGGCCUUCUGGGGCUUAUGGCUGACUUUUGCAGUCCUUUGUAGCAGCAGCGGAUGGGCCAGCAGAGCUGGCAUUGUAAACUACACCGUCACCUCAGUGACGCGAAGCCAACUGGCUGUCUUGUCGCGUAAGCACUGGGCCCAGUACCAAACCGUGUGCGGCUCACCCAACGCAACCCAAACCUGGGAUGACACAUCGUUAAUGAGGUUUGUCUUCCCGCCCCUCUCGCGUGCCGGUGUGAGUGCUGCCUUCUACGCCUGGAACAGCACCUCCUGGUAUGUGAGCGACAUGGGGUUUCUGUCCCCUACACCGUAUGGCAUGUGCAAAGGCUUUUGCCAGAAAAAUAUCUACGCGACGCUGCAAGGCAACUAUGCCUUCUCUGACAACAUGUCGGUGCUGUACGACGGCGGUGGCGACUGGCCCAUGAUUUGCUUCUACGCAGCGCCCUUCGCGUUCAGCGGCGGAUCUCCCUCCCAUGCCAGCAUCGUCACGAAGGACACCAUAGCGGACGGAGCCGUUAGUUCUGCAGCUGGUGAACACAGGCCUGAUAGCAGUCCGGUCUUUAGAAACUCAGGAGCCGACAAGGGGUACACAACGCUCGAGUACUGCAACGUGCCGAUUCGUGGGGCAACAGGCUCUGCACAGACUCAGCUGACGGCACAGGUGGUGGUGUACGCCAACGGCACCAUCAUUAUGCGGUACGCCUCGCUGCCAGACACCAGCAUGCUGCCCGAAUACAUGCCGAGCACGGGGCUCGUCUACUCGAAGACGCUGCGCACGGUAGUGCCGACGCCGACGGCGGCGAACGGCAUUGUCGCGUACCGCUUCGACCCCGUGCUUGACGCGUGUGCCGCACAUGGCGAUGCCUCGGUGUGCACGGCGGACACGGGGGGCGACUGCGUGUGGUGCUCCUCCACCUCCGCGUGUUGUGCGAGCACGUUGGCGUCGGAGGUGUGCCCACGCGGGCAGUGGACAACACCUGCGAGGAGCACGGCUGCCUUCGCACCACAGAAAUUCUACGACGUCACUGUGGACUUCAACGGUGCCUUCCGUGAUUUUAGCACCACGUACAGAAACCUGAGCGCAGUGCACGAGUUUACAGUGAUAACCGGGUGGGAGGGUGUGCUGUUUGGGCGCCAUAAUUCGACGUUUCUUCAGUGCAGUCCUGGCCUUUCCUGCACCAUUGCCCCCGAUAUGAACAGCUGCAACCCCAUUCUGGGUACCUGCCCGAACGGCAACUACACACUGACCAUCCUCUGUCUGCAGUCGCGCAUUGUCUGGGGAACCGACGCCAAAGCGAUCUCGACGUUGACGCCGACGCAGCCGGACGGAGCACCGCUUUGCACCCCGGAAGGGUGUGGUACGGGUUUCAUGGUGAAAGUAACUGGCUCACGAUUGCAGAACGGCAACAUCGUCUCUCCAAAGUUUACUGUGCAGCUGUACCUGGACACAAACGGGAUGGUGGACUUGGUCAUUCAGGCGGACAUGAUCAGCGCUGGAACGCCGCUACUCGCGUACCCUCCCAUGCGCGUUGGACUUGUCCGCUAUGGUGUGGACGACGCAUCAUCGGUCAUGAUCCCGCAAGGCCUCCUGCGCAGUGGGCUGCACGUCCGCUUCGUGCCGCAGUCGAGCUGCAAGGACUGCGGGCUGAACGGCUGGUGUGACGAGUCCUCGGGUAGGUGCCAGUGUCAGCCGGGGUACUACGGCCGCAGCUGCGUGGCGUGCCCUGCGUGCUGGACGGGCAGCAUGUGCGACGAGGGGAUCAUGGGCAGUGGGACGUGCCUGUGCAGCGGAGGGGCGUGCGAGGCAGCGUGUGCCAACACGAGCGGCGGGAGCGUGCCGUCGAGGAGCUGCGGCGGGUGCGACGCUGUUGGUGGGCGCUGCAACUGCGGCGUGUGCGAAUGCCGGGAUGGGUGGAGCGGCGCGGGCUGCAGCGAGGCUCCUGCUGACGCGUGCCGCGCGUACUCGUUCGACGGUUGCGAGGUGUGCGGACAGCACGAGGGGUGCGUGUUCUGCCAUGACUCGACGUGCUUCAAUCCUGCGCUGAGUGGGACGCGUGACGGGUACACAUGCUCGUACAGCACCCCCGCCGCCGACAGGCAGGCGUGCGUGACCUACGGACAACUAGAAAUGGUUUCACAGAUGUGGAAUGCGUAUACGGUUCUGGUGAUCAGCUGUUUAGUUACUGCGAUGGCUGUGAUAACGCUCAUUUUGGUGCUUGUGCUCCACGUUCUCUUCUCGAACGCUAGAGGCCGUGACUUGAUGGCUGUAGUGGCGGUUGACGGAACGCCCGACUUUGUGAAUCGACAGCAGCAGCGGGAGGUAGUUCAGGGUGCCCUCACACGACGCCGGGUGCCAGAGAGAGAGACCAUGGGCAUUCCGCUGAAGCAGGUAUCCCUUCGACGGCUGUUCAAGCGGCGCGCAUCGGCUUUGACGCGUGACCCUGCGCAGUAA